GCAAAAAACUAAAAUGUCAAGUGGUAUUGUGUAAACUGUAAACAUUGAAUCGUUCUAUAUUAUUUUAUAAACUAAAAAUAGUUUACUUCUAAAUUAGGUACAACAAUAUUAAAGGUAAUUUCUGUUACAAGGAAUAUAUUGAAUAAUUUGGUGAAAUGAAUUCGAAGGAUAGAAUUCUCAACUUUGUGAAAUGCUCAAUAAGUGGUAUUGGAUUUAUAUCUGCAUUUUAUACUGUUAUAAAUCUGAUGAUAUUUUUAUCGGACCCUUCUAAUAAUCGAUCUGUGGGAUAUUUUCGAAGAGGUGAACCAAUCACAGAUUGUUUUUGGAUGCUUCUGGUAGAUAUGGUUCUUUUGGCAUUAUUCAUUAUACAACACUCGAUAUUAGCUAGUGGUAAAGUAAAAUCUUGGUUCGAAAAUUAUGGAAUUCUUGAUUUAUAUCGAAGUUUUUAUAUAAUAACUACAUCAUUAGUUCUGCAGAUUCUAUUCACAAAUUGGCUUUCUAUUGGAGAAGUUACAUUAUGGAAACUAAAUCUUACAAAUAAACCAGUAUGGUUCACAUAUUAUGCAACCCAUAUACUUGCUUGGAUUUUUAUUUAUGUUGGGAAUAUUUGCAUGGACAUUAAUGAAUUGUUGGGCAUCAAGCAAGUAUUUUAUUCAAUAAAGAACCUUCCUGGUCCUGAUACAAGAAAAUCACAGGAAUUGAAGAAAUUGUGUUCCCAUAUUAACCACCCAAGUUUCACGGCUUUUAUGAUAUUGUUUUGGAUGACAUCUGUGAUGAGUCUGGACAGAUUAAUUCUAGCAGUUAUAUUCACCGUCUAUCUUUUAGUUGGUUGUAAGACUGAUCAAGGAGAUUAUGCUUAUCACAAGUCACAAUACUCUCUCAAAUGUCAGGAGUUACGCUACUUAAAAUCUUGAUUAUUUCAAGAUAUUCAAUAAGUGGGACUUUGAAUUUAAAAAAAUGAAGACUCUGAAAAAGCAAGAAAUGUUCCAAAAUACCUAGUUAAGUUGAUAAGCAGUUCAGUUACAUAUUAGAGAAAUAUUGGCUUUGCAAUAAACUGAAGCUAUCUUCAGUAACAAAGUGAUUAUUGUUACUGUUUACUGUAAACUAUAACAACUCUCAAAGCUAUUCAAGUAAUUAACUUUCCUUAAGUUUGAUUAUAACGAAAUUGACUUAGAAGACCAUUAUAAAUGUACUUAUAAUUUUUUUCAGGUUUUUUGUGGUAAAUUUGAUUUUUUUAUAUAAUUUAUUCAAUGAAAUGCAGGAACAUCUUUCUCUAAAUAAUGUUAUGUAUUAUAAAUAAUAAAUUUUAAUAAUUAGGUUAUUAGAAAAUUUUAGACCCCAAGAACAUCUUCAGAAGGUUCAAAUUAUUGUUUUGGUUCCAAAUUGUCAGGAACUGAUAUUUAAUAUUUUCCAUUUAUAACAAUCUUCAGUUAGUAAUUGAUAUCAAAUUUUGUGUAAUGUGAAUUACAAAUAUUACAAUGAA